CUUUCGUGUUUUUUAGGAUUGAGUUGUCGAAAGUACAAAAGUAUCUAUCUUUAUUACAUUAAUGAGAUUUUAAAAUGGAGCAAAAUAAUAGCGGUAUCGUUGAACAAAAUAAUGAAUAUAAAGAGUUCGUUGAAAAGAUAUACACUAAGCAGGCUGAUAGCUGCAUUUAUAACCAACAGUCACUAGCAGACGAUAACGCGAUUCUUCAAACCGUGCAAUGUAGUUCACAGAUUCAACCUGUAAAUUUCAGUACUUCUUUAGUAUCAAAUCAAGAGAAUCAAGAAUAUGCUGCUACUACACAGAUACUCAAUGUACAGCAAACCCAAUGUGAAACAACACAGACAGAUAUGACAGAUAUUAAAAUUGAACCAGUUGAAUCACCAGAGUCAAUUAGCCCACAAUGGAUCAUGUCGGCUCCCUUGAAGUAUCAGGCUAAUUAUUUAUCUGUUGGGUCAAUUUCGAGUCCUUACCAUUCCCAGGUUAUAACAGCAGCAGCUCCAAAGAUAUCAGAAAUUCAGGAAAACGAAAUGAUUAAUACACCAAAAUCAAAUGUUACGGUGUGUACAGAAAAUUUAAAACCCAUCGAACUAACAAAAAGUUCGCCGUCAAAAUUUCGUGCAGUAGAAUUCGUUUUAAAUAAUCUCGACUCAGUACCUGGUGAAGAAAAAUUUUAUGGUUGGAGUGAUAAAGCAAAGGAUUUUGCAAAUACUCAAUUGUCGAAAGAGUCGCAUGAAAGUGUUUAUGCGCAAAAAAUUAAUUCAAAUGUAAAAAAUUCAAACAAUUCUCAAUCGACAUCAGUUGUUAUGGCUGAACAAACUGAUCUGUCACAUGUUGGACCAUCAAAAAGAAAAUCUGAUAAAUCCUCCUCAAAGAGAAAGAAUAAAGUCCUGAAAAAUACUAAUUGGGCUGCAGAAAAGGAUCGUACUUUGAAAACAUAUUCAAAUAAUUUGAUGAGAAAGAAACCAAAAUCCUGGCAGCCUCAAGAGCAUUGCUGAUGAGGAUCUGUCUUCAUAUAUUUAAUUUAUUUUGGAUAAAUUAUGGUAUGUAUAUAUUUUUGAUCCGUCGAUACAAUACAGUUUAUAUAACGUAUUGCACGAACGUUUAAUUUAUUUAAAAAUAUAUUAAUUAAUUAUUAUAUUGA